UUCAUUUACAUGUGCGAACGUGGAAGUUUCUCUCGUGGAAUCUUGCAGGGCAGCGAUUAUGCCAAAACAGACUUGUCGACAGGGUGGGGCUUCUACUGGGAUUGCAACCGCAAAAGAUGUUCCGUAGGACAGAUGGCUCGAACAGCAGAAUUUCUUAAAUAUAUUACUCGUUGAUCUUGUCCCUAAUCUCAUUUUGCUCCAGAAAUAGCCAUGUCUCGGAGAUGUCGACCGAGUGUGGGGCGACCAUAUGCAGGAUUUUUGACGCUGGUUGACUCCUGCAGGCUUCUGACUACUGACUACUCGAAUCCCUCCCCAUCCCCGAAUAGCUCAAUCGCAGACAACCACCGAUGCCACCGACCAGACAAUUUUUUUUCUCCCUCGAGCAAGAAUUUGUCAAAUAGAUCAGUCGUGGAGUUUUGGAAAUGAAGGUUUGAAUGACCUCUGUGAAUGAAAGAGCAAUUUGAAGUAGUUGCGGAGCAAGAGGGGAAGCUGUAGCUGAUGCCGUAGUCGCAAGAGGUGGGUUGAAUCGUUCAAGUGCUCGAAGUCCCAUUUCACGGAAGGGUUGUGUGGCAAAUGUCAUGCCCCUGCUCACUGCAUGCGUCGCCAAAGUCUACUCCCCCUGCAUGUCCUCUCUAUAAGACCACAGCAUCAUCGCCUUACUGAAGCCAGUGUAUUGAGUCCUCUUGUCCAGUUUUUGUGCACGGCAGCAGGAGUAUCUCGCGACGAUGCUCGUGCCCGGGACUGGAUGAAGUUAGCGUCCACACUGGUAAGAAGAAGCACUUGCAGAAGCAGCUUUCUGGCUGUGAGCUUGCUUCUUGGACCGUGUCUGUUUGGCGUGUGACGUUGAGAUGGUCUGUGUCGGUAAUGAAUCAUGUGUACGUCGCUCUCGUGAGCGAUACGACGUGUUGUACAUUUUUGAAAGUGAUGCGUUAUGAGGUAUUAAGAAAAGGUUAUGAAUGGGAAAGAAUUUUGUGAGGGCUGUGAGUAUGGUGUGCUGGCGGUAGAGGUUGAGUGUGCCUGUAGUGUUGACUUGGGUGAAGCGAGAGAGAGAGAUAGCGAGAGCGAGAGCGUGAUGGAGAAGUUCUUCUGUUUGGAAAUUGUGGAGGGAUCGUUUGCUUCCUGGUCCUGUGUCUUCGAAAGAUUGGUGGAUUGUUAUCAUGGAAUAAUGACAAGACGAUAUUCAGGUCUAUCUAGUGAUGCAUUUACGUCACUUAACGUUCAGUGUUCACUGUGUAGUCACAGCUGAAUGAAGCGUUUGCUCAUGUUCAUACUACUUUGCCGGUCCGAAGGAUUCUCUCUUAGGAGGCGGUUUCUUCAGUUUCACCUCAACUGCGUCGAGGGCCAUCUUCCACGGGGGUUCAGUGGUAGUUAGCUUCAAACCUGCGCAAUAUUUUUCUGUGAGAAACAAUUAGAGGUGUGGUUAUGCAGCAGGGUUUUGGGAAUUCCUCAAACAGCGCAUGGAAUUAUGGUCAUCUCAGUCACGAUUUGGAAGCUAGCUUUGGACGGUUGCAGGAUAGUCGCCCCUUGAUGAAUACCCAUUGAAUGAUUGUGUUGAGAACCGAUUUCAUCAUGUGGUGCGUUUGUCAAUCGAAAACUAUCGACGACGAUGACGGUCUAAUAUACAGAAAUAAGGUUUACGUCAAAGAUUUUUCUACGCAAUCUUUUGGCUCGACGGAACCUGGCUCUUUGCAUGGCAGCGUCCGACGAUACUCUCUCUCCAGCCAGGAUCCGCCGCCGAAACUUCUUGGCGCGGAGACGUUCACUAUGGCUGAACUAUAUCGCGUCACGGAAAAUUUUUCCCCGCAAAACAAAAUAGGGCAAGGAGGGUUUGGGAUGGUUUACAAAGGAAGACUCCGAGAUGGUAGAAUGGUGGCAAUCAAACGAGGGAAGAAGGAUGCCUAUGAGGCAAGAUUGUCUGUGGAAUUCCGCACUGAAGUCGAGAUGUUGUCCCAGGUGGAUCAUUUGAAUCUAGUCAAGCUGAUCGGUUACACGGAAGAGGAUGAUGAGCGUAUCCUUGUUGUGGAUUAUGUCGCUAAUGGCAACCUCGGUGAACAUCUCGACGGCACGUACAGCAAAGUUUUAGACAUGCGCACACGGCUCGACAUUGCCAUUGACGUUGCGCAUGCCCUGACUUACCUCCAUCUAUAUGCCGACAGGCCCAUCAUUCACAGAGACAUCAAAUCGUCGAACAUUCUCCUCACUAGCACUUGCCGUGCUAAGGUUGCAGAUUUUGGAUUCUCGCGAGUUGGUCCGUCCGUAGACGCCGGGGCAACCCACGUCUCCACCCAAGUGAAAGGAACUGUAGGUUACUUGGACCCUGAGUAUUUGAACACAUUCCAGUUGAAUGCGAAGAGCGAUGUCUACUCGUUCGGCAUUCUGCUUUUAGAGAUAUUCACUGGAAGGCGGCCGAUUGAACUGAAGAGGCCAAGUGAUGAGCGCGUAACCGCUCUUUGGGCAUUCCGAAAGUUUGUGCUGGGGAAACUGAGCGAUAUUAUUGACCCCAAGCUCGAGAAAACACCAGCGGUGUUAAGCGUCAUCGAACGAUUGGCUGAGCUUGCAUUCGCAUGCUCUGCGUCCUCGAAGGUGGACAGGCCAAGUAUGAAGAAGGCAGCAGAAGUGCUGUGGGAGGUUCGGAAAGACUACCUCGUGGAGCAUCAAAAGGAGGAGAAGCUCAAGUCCGACAGGGACGAGAGCAUUCGCAUCGAAAGCGCGAGGAGUUACAUGUCGGUCGAUUCCCAAACUGUGCUUCACCCAAACUCAAACCACCGACGGCCACGGUAGAACGCAUGGAAUCAGUUAAUUUCUCUUCCCUCUUUUUGUACAGAUUUGGUUUGGUUCGAAUUGAUGGCACAACCGUAGCCCUUACUAAGAUUUCUUCAGCAUACAAACUUCUCCGAAUCUCUCAACAUCCUAUGAUGUUCGUUGCCAGCGUAUUUCACCUUAAUCUUAGUAGGGAAACUAUGAUUAGGGUUAAGAUUAGCAGCAGUGUCAAUGCUGAGAUGGCGCUUCGCUUGGCUUACAUCGACAUGCCAUCGUCACAUGGGUGUGGAAGAACCUAGCAUGUACCUCACCGUAAACGUGAGGUUGAUCAUGCCGCGAACUUCUCGAGAGCUACAAACUGAGAACAGUGGCACUGGAGGAACCCACUUCAUGUGAAUGGCUGGGUUGACUGUCUGAAGGACGUAGAAAUGUGCUUCAGUUGCUGUGUCCGGUGGCAGCCAGCUUCCAUGUAAUCGGGCGGCUUGAGGAAUUGUGCAGCGACCACAAGUAGGUGAUCUUACGACCACUGUUAUAUUUUCCUCUCAACGAUCUUGAACAGAUAUUUCUUUCUCCAGAGUUCAA